GCAAUGAACUACACACGGCCAUUGAUAAGUAGGAGAAGUGCACACAGGAGAGAGCUGCUCUUGAUUGAUCAAUCCAAAGGUGUUGCCUUUCUUCGUCCUUUUCUCCUCCCAUUCCUUCCUAUCACGGAACGGAACGAAGCUGCUGUGACAGAUCUUGUGUAGGACGCGCGGGGGGCGGCGCUUCCUUCGUCUCGAAAAGACCGCUGAAUUUGUGGCAAAGGUGGAAUUUGGGUAGAGGGGAUCCUUAGAUCGUGCGCCAUGCGUGCUUCAGAGGACAGGAAAAAAACUAAUCUUUAUGCCGAAAAGGGUAACUGGUUCAUUUGAUUGUUAGAGACUGUGUCAACAAAGGAAGGAUUUGAAAUUGAGGGCAGUCUGUGGAUGCAAAAAUAUAUCCCUUCGUUAGGGUUUUGGUUCAGGCAGUUGAUAAGCAGGGACUUGAAUUUUUAUAUAUCCUGGUUUUUGUCCUUUUCAUGCAUGCCUCAAAGCAUGAUUAAGCAAAUUUUGCGUCGGCUCACUCGCCGGCAGUCCAAAUCAGGUGAUAAACGAGAUUUGGUCAGCGGUGCUAGUCCACCAUCGUCGAUAACUUCGACCAGUUCACUAGAUGGGGAUUUGUCAAGCACCAGGAUCACAAUUCUCCCUCCUGGUCAGGAUUCUGAGCUAAUUUAUCUAACUCAGCAGGCCCAUGCUGGAGUACGAAAUUGUGGUAUGACCAUCAUGCCUUAUGAAGCAUUACCGAGCUUCAAAGAUGUGCCGAGCUCUGAUAGGCAGAGUUUACUCAUCAAAAAACUGAAUUUGUGUCAUGUGAUAUUUGAUUUCACGGACUCCACGAAGAACUUGAAAGAGAAGGAAAUAAAAAGGCAGACUUUACAAGAUCUAGUUGAUUAUGUGACAUCAGCCACUGAAAAGUUUCCAGAGAAUGUUAUGCAGGAGAUCAUCAUGAUGGUAUAUGUAAACUUGUUUAGGACCCUCAUUUCCCCAUCUAGCGAGUGCAAGGUUCCACAAGCUGUUGAUUUGGAGGAUGAUGAACCUGUAAUGGAUCCUGCAUGGCUACACCUCCAUCUUGUUUAUGACUUCUUUUUGAACUUCCUUCAAUCACCUGAGACAGAUGCUAAGCUGGCAAAAAGAUAUAUUGACCACUCCUUUGUUCUUAAGCUGAUCAACCUAUUUGACUCUGAGGAUUUUAGAGAGAGGGAGUAUUUAAAGAUGAUUCUUCACCGUAUCUAUGGAAGAUUUAUGGUGUAUCGUCCAUUUAUAAGAAAAGCUAUUAAUAAUAUUUUCUAUCAAUUUAUCUUUGAGACUGAAAAACAUAAUGGGAUUGCAGAGCUGUUGGAGGUGCUGGAAAGUAUUAUCAAUGGGUUUGCUUUGCCUCUAAAGGAAGAGCAUAAAUUGUUCCUUGUUCGGGCUUUGAUCCCACUACAUAAACCAAAAUGCAUGGGAAUAUACCAUCAGCAAUUAUCACACUGCAUAACACAAUUUAUAGUAAAAGAUUGCAAGCUUGCAGAUAAUGUCAUAAGGGGUUUGUUGAAAUUUUGGCCCAUCACCAACAGCUCAAAGGAAGUUGUGUUCUUAGGAGAGUUAGAAGAGGUAUUGGAUGCAACUCAACCUCCAGAGUUCCAGCGGUGUAUGGUGCCACUAUUCCAUCAGAUAGCCCGCUGCUUAAAUAGUCCUCAUUUUCAGGUGGCCGAGAGGGCGUUGUUCCUGUGGAACAACGAUCACAUCGAGAACCUGAUCAAACAAAAUGUCAAGGUACUACUGCCCAUAAUCUUUCCGGCACUUGAAAGAAACACAAGAAGUCACUGGAACCCAGCUGUACAGAGCUUGAUGACAUAUGCCCGAAAGGUUUUUGCUGAUAAUGAUCCUGACUUCUUCGCCGAGUGCUUGAAGAAGUUCGAGGAAGAUGAUAUCAGAAGCAAGGAGAUCCAGUCAAAGCGCGAAAUGACAUGGAGACGUUUGGAAGAAAUUGCUGCUACAAAAGCUGCGAGUAAUGAACCUGUGCUUAUUCCCCACAUAGUACAUUGAUCAGUUUAAUCCUACUCUCUUUUUUAUUUUUUUUUUAAUGAUGAGGUUAUUGGAAUUGGUAUUGGUUAACAUGUAUCGAUAUAGGUUAUAAUUAGAUUAGCGUACGAUGUAUGUUUACUUUCUGCAUUGUGUUUUUAUUUUUUUAUUUUUUUGGAGAAUUUAGAAAAGUUGUACAGGUUUAGGAUGUAAAUGAGAAGUUUAUUAAGAAUUUCAUGGGAUUGCAGUGGGGCGAUUCCGAAUGA